CCGAGGCGCGGCCUCACCUCCAGCUCUCCCUCCCUUGCUUUCUGAGGGCCGCCAGGGGGCGCCGGAGCGCGGCUCUCCGCGGGGUGAGCGGGGCCGAACCGCCCUCCAGCCACCCGCCCCGCCGCAGGCAGCUCAGCGCUGCACCGCUCCGCUCCGGCGUUGCUCCCGGCCGAGGCGAGCCGCACAGGGGAUGAGGAUGCCGCGCCGGCAGCCGCCGCGCCCGCUGCUCCUCCUGUCAGCCCUGCUCUGCGCGCCGGCGUCGGCCUUCAACCUGGACGAGGAGAAGCUGACGGUGUACAGCGGGCCGCCCGGCAGCUACUUCGGGUACUCGGUGGACUUCUACAUCCCCGACCCCAGCACGGUCAGCGUCCUGGUGGGAGCUCCGCGAGCCAACACCACGCAGCCGGACAUCGUGGAAGGAGGAGCGGUGUAUCACUGCGGCUGGCCGGCCGCGCGCUGCAGGCAGAUCCCCUUCGAUAACACCAACAACAGGAAAAUUAAGGUCAAUGGCACCAGGGAACCAAUUGAGUUUAAGACAAAUCAGUGGUUUGGGGCAACAGUCAAAGCUCAUAAAGAAAAAGUCGUGGCUUGUGCUCCCUUAUAUCAUUGGAGGACUCUUAAAGACAGCCCAGAGAAGGACCCCGUUGGCACCUGCUAUGUAGCAAUUCAGAACUUCAGUGCCUAUGCUGAAUACUCACCUUGUCGCAACAGCAAUGCAGAUCCUGAAGGACAAGGCUUUUGUCAAGCAGGUUUCAGCUUAGAUUUUUACAAGAAUGGAGACCUCAUAGUAGGCGGGCCUGGUAGUUUUUAUUGGCAAGGUCAGGUAAUCACUGCAAGCAUUGCGGAUAUCAUCGCAAAUUAUUCCUUCAAGGAUAUUCUGAGGAAACUGGCACGAGAGAAGCAAACAGGAGUUGCACCACCCACAUAUGAUGACAACUAUAUGGGAUACUCAGUAGCUGCUGGGGAAUUUACUGGAGAUUCUGAAGAAGAGCUGGUUGCUGGAGUCCCAAGGGGUGCACAGAACUUUGGCUACGUCUCAAUCAUUAAUUCUUCAGAUUUGACCUUUAUCCAGAAUUUCACCGGUGAACAGAUGGCGUCUUAUUUUGGGUACACUGUUGCAGUAUCUGAUGUUAACAAUGAUGGUUUAGAUGAUAUCUUAGUUGGGGCCCCUCUGUUUAUGGAACGAGAAUUUGAGAGCAAGCCUAAAGAAGUUGGGCAAGUCUAUCUGUACCUGCAGGAAACUGCUUUCCUCUUCCGAGAUCCGCAAAUUCUGACAGGCACUGAAGUGUUCGGCAGAUUUGGCAGUGCAAUCACUCACCUUGGAGAUCUCAAUCAGGAUGGAUAUAAUGACAUUGCCAUUGGUGCACCAUUUGCAGGUGAAGACAGAAGAGGUAAAGUGCUCAUUUACAAUGGAUACAGUAAUGGGUUAAAAACUCACCCUUCCCAGGUUCUUAAUGGAGCCUGGGCCUCACAGUCCAUGCCUUCAGGAUUUGGCUUCACUCUAAGAGGAGACUCAGAUGUAGACAAGAAUGAUUACCCAGAUUUAAUUGUAGGUGCGUUUGGAGCUGGAAAAGCAGUUGUUUACAGAGCCAGACCGGUUGUGACUGUGAAUGCUCUGCUCAUUUUGAACCCGAUGAUUGUGAAUCCAGACAACAAGACUUGUCAGCCCCCUGGCUCUCAGAUUUUGGUGGCCUGUUUUACCAUAAGAGUCUGUGCGGCAUUUGAAGGCCAAAGUAUUUCAGAUGAGAUAGCGCUGAAGGGUGAAUUGCAAUUAGAUUCAUUGAAACAGAAAGGAGCUGUUAAAAGGACUCUCUUCUUUGAUUACCAUCAGUCACAUCAUUAUUUCUCCAUUGUGAUGGAAAAACAGAAGAAGCUCUAUUGCCAGGACUUUCUUGUUUAUCUCAGAGAUGAAACAGAAUUUAGAGAUAAAUUAUCUCCCAUCAAUAUAAACUUGAAUUAUAGCUUGGAUGAAUCCCAUUUCAAAGAUAGCAUGAUGGUGAAGCCAAUACUGAAUUACUACCAGAGAAGCUCAGUAACAGAACAGGCUUAUAUUCUGGUGGACUGUGGGGAGGACAACUUGUGCAUUCCUGACUUGCACCUUUCCGCUGUGCCAGAUAAAGAUCAGCUAAUAAUUGGAGAAGAAAACUGUGUCAUGCUCAUAAUAAAUCCAAGGAAUGAUGGGGAAGGAGCCUAUGAAGCUGAGCUGCAUAUAAAGAUUCCACCUGAAGCAGAUUACACUGGGGUUGAACGCAACAGCAAGGCACUGCGUGUGUUGAGCUGUGAUUACAAGAUGGAAAAUGAAACUAGAAUGGUGGUUUGUGAUCUUGGGAACCCCAUGGUGGCUGGCGCAAAUUUCUCUACAGGUAUCCGGUUUUCUGUUCAGCAUUUUGAGAAUUCAGAUUUCAGCAUCAAUUUUGAGCUGCAAAUAAAAAGUUCUAACAAGGUUAAUUCCACCAGCAAUUUAGUUAACCUUCAUAUCAACAUCACUGCUGCGGCUCAGGUGCAGGUCAGAGGAGUCUCUCACCCACCACAAAUUGUUCUGCCUCUUCACAACUGGGAACCCAAAGAUGAACCUACAAAAGAAGAAGAAAUUGGUCCAUUAGUUGAACACAUCUAUGAGCUUCACAAUAUAGGACCAAGUGCCAUCAACAAUACAGUUCUCCAUGUCGGUUGGCCUGUGUCCAGUCACGAGGAGUUUCUUCUUUACAUUCUACAUAUUCAGACUCAUGGACCACUGCACUGUCAAACAAGCUCUCCUAUUAAUAUCAUGCAAAUCAAUUUUGCUAUUCCACAGGACACUCCUGAACUUGCUGCUUUUUUAUAUAAUUCCACAAUUUCUCAUUACAUCAGGAGAAGGGAGGUAGCCAUGGCAGAACCUUACAGGAGGAACUCUGCAAGAAUACUGAACUGUACAAAUGUGAAGUGUAUCCUCAUUUCCUGCAGUGUGGGACAACUGGAAAGAGGGAAGAGCGCAGCACUGAAAAUCAGGUCCCGGCUAUGGGCUGAAACUUUCCUGCAGAGGAAAAAUAAUCCCUAUACUCUUUCUUCCAAUGUGUCCUUCAAAGUUAAGAACAUGCCCUAUAAAGUGCAGCCAGCGAAGCUCCCAGAGGGAAGCACAGCAAUCAGAACAUCUGUCAUUUGGUCCACUCCAAAUGUCUCCUUUGUCAUUCCUUUGUGGGUUAUAAUACUAGCAAUAAUGCUUGGUCUGCUGGUACUAGCGGUGUUGACCCUUGCUUUAUGGAAGUGCGGCUUCUUUGACAGAGCAAGACCUCCUCAAGAUGACGUGGCAGACAGAGAACAGCUGACAAAUAACAAGACUACUGAUGCAUAGAGGAAGAGAGUGACAGAUCCAGUCAGAAUCCUGCCUGAGACUAGAACAUAGUGAGAAUUAACUGAAGGUUUCCUUCCACCGAUCUUCUUUUGUACCUGCAAGCGAAAUGGCGUCAUAAUCUGAUCUAUGCCACGUUCUGAGAAUACACCACAUGAUGGCCAUCCUUGCCAAAGAAAGAAAGAAAAUUUAUACUGCCUUAAGGACAUGCUUGCCAUUGAACAGAAUGUUUAUUCUAUAUUUUGGUCAGUCUACAUUUUAGCAGAUGCUUUUGAACACAUGUGGUAUACUGAGGUGCUUCCAGAACAAGCCCAAAACUCCCAAGGAGAAAAUGCCUGCAUUGCUGUACUGUCUGGAAGAUGGAACAGGAUAGAGUUUCUGAACACUACUGUAUCAUGUAGAAUACCUUUGACACCUCCCUAAGAACUUUUAUGACAUUAUGACUCAGGGAGACAAGCAAUAAAUCAGUACUGUGGAAGUACUUCUGAAAAACAAAGGUAGUCUAAGAAGAAUUUUAUAGAUGGAGCACAAUUAUUUAUUUUUCCACCUUUUCAGAAUAAGUAUCUGAUAUAUAAUCAUCAACUUACAUUUUAAGAGAAAUAAAGUCAAUAUACAGAAGUCGUGCACUUACUUUACAUGUAAAUAGAAAAGCAAACCAAUUGUACGCACUGAGCACAUCUUUCUUGGCUACAAUGUGUUUGGCAAAACAGAGGAUUUAUGCAAUAUUUUGCAAGAUAAAUCAUAUGCUAAGCAUGUAUUGUAUCUCAGUCCAGAGCUGAGAGUAUCACACCCAGGUUACAAAAUCCAAAGGCAUUAUAAUGCAGUAGAUGAGUUACCUUCUCACCCCAUUGCUGGUGGUUGCCUAUGCAGCUCUUAGUGAUUUAAAUUGCUGAUUUAAAUUACUACAGACAUGCAUCUGGGGUGAUACAAAAAUGACUUGGGAAUUUGAAGCUAGGAUGAGUUUUACUUUUUGCCAUUGCCUGUUACUUGGUGAAGUGCUCUCUUAAAAUGGCUACAGCUGUUGUAUCGUCUGUUGAAUAUAUGUCACAGACCCUAAUAUUUCAUUCAUCUGAAGAAAUCUUUGCCUUUUGUUUUCAUUUUAUGGGCAAGAAUCCAGCAGUGUAUUUAAAGAGCUGAAGAUAUUUCUUCAAAGUUUAUGGCAGAAUUUAAUGAUCCCUUAAGCAAAGUCUUGUAGAGAAAGUGAGCAAGGUUUCUAUUUACGCAGAAAAUAGGAUGCCAGCCAGCCAGGCAUGAACAAAAAGAAGGAAAGAUAUUUUGAGAUAAAGAGUAACAAUGCAUGGAUUUGAUUUGAGUGCUUCUUAGUCUGGGUUUUUUGGGGGGUGGUUUGUUUUUGUUUUUUUUUGGUUGGUUGGUCUUCCUGACUUGGGAAUUCUGAAGAGGAGAGGCUUCACUCAUUCUCCUCUAUGAGCAAAAAUAGCUUGGUUCUUAUCUCAUCUCUGGAUCUGUGCAGAUUUUUGCCUGAAAACCCAAGUCUUCCAGUGCUAUCUUAUGAAGAAUUUGCUAUCUUGUGUAAACUUCAAGAGGAGUUGUUCAUUUUCUGAAACAAACAGCACAUCGUCUGUUUCCUGAGCUCCUCUUCUUUCCCACCCAAUAGUUAGAUGGCUUCAUCCAUUCUUUGUGACUUUAGGGUAACUGCCCCUGUGCUUUUAAAGACUUUAGGACAGAAGUAGCCAUAAGACAUGGUCACUUCCGUCAGUCUGACAGAUAUUUAGGCUGACCUGUGAAAUCUAAGCAAGGAGGAAAUCAGUGUAAGGAAGCCUGAGCAGGUGUGUUCCAUCUUCAUGUCCAAGGGAAAUUGCAGGACCUUUAUGGAGCCUUCAGCUGAUCGUUCCCAGCAUGCCCGAAAGACUGACUGAGAGGAGGCGCAGGCGGAGGAGGCAUUGCAUCUCUGGUUUUUGAGGAUGGGUGGGCCUGACCACAUCCCAGUCCCCAGCAAGCUACCAAUGGCAGCAUUCCACAAAAGAGCAGAGGAGAUCAGCUGGUAAAUGCCACCAUGAGACCAGCUCAGCCCACAUGUGCACGCUUCUGUAUGCCGAACAUCCCAGGUAGAAUCGUCCUCUUGCGAAAAGAACAGGGAGCUUGCAGCCUUUGUAAAUAUUGAACUGUUGCAUGAAGCAGCUUCCAAAAUAAGAUCUUCUAGCUCCUGAAAUUCGCGUCAUUGGCACAGCUCUGAUGAAACAGCACCAUAAGGAGAUACCAAACAUAGGACUUUCAUAUGUGCAAUACUUUAUAUUACUUAUAUACGUGAAGCAUGUUUACACUGGCAUUUGUGGUUGUUUUUUGAACUUUUGAAUAUACUGAUUAAUGAUUACAAUAAAGAAGAAAAAAAAAAAGAGUAGGAAAAAGAACAAAC